UUCGUCUGUGGUUGCCAUUACCUGUGGGAAGUAGAGUCAAAUGGUUUGCCGGUGCUGCAAUUGCCCUGUUUCAACUAGCUUCUGUCAGCCAGCCUCUUCUUCGGACCUGAAUGAUUACAAUCGUGCUUGCGUUGAGCAGAGCAAAAGCAAAUACGUAUCGUCAAUGGUCUAGUCGGCAUGCGGGGAUGGAUAGGUGUGGUGUAGUGUGCUCUCUAUGUGUAGCAUGGUGACGCCGUCCAGGUCACACCAAGACGCCGGUGGCCCUGGCAAUGACAGAAGUACCAGUCAGGUUACUCCACCUCCGUCACCAUAUGUGUCGCGUGCCACUGGCAAGGCUCGUGAUGGCAGUGGGACUCCAGUCAAGAAGUUGAAACAACGGAUCUCGGAGAGAUCGCCAUUUGGUCGGGUUAAGCUGAGACGGAAAAGGCGGACAAAGGACUCUGUCAGUGGUUCUGAGUCUAUAGCCUCGCUGGAUCAAUUGCUGAAUGAGGAAGCUGAGGCUGGUGCAGCUAAGGGUGCUGGUCAGGAAUCAGCACAGCGUGAUGCCACCCUGGAUCAGGAUGCUGCAAACAGUGAUGUGGCUAAACCGGAUGAGCAGAAUGCAACUGCCAGUCAGAGGGCCCCACUUCCACACAUCAGUGUAGUCUGCCAGGUGGACGGCCAGAGCGUGUCACCGGAGAAACCCCGAUCUGAGACAACGUGGAAGGAGGGGUCGUCGCCGGGAAUACACCGAUCCGGGACGAUGUGGAAGGCGUCGGACGUCACCAUCACCCGGCGCCACGCCGUUCGCCGUCGCAACAUGGACACCAAGCCGAUGGUGAGGAUCCGAAGUCAAACAGUCAGCCUCAGGCCUUCGCCCAGCGGCGGUCCUGCCAGUCUACCUCUGGCCUGUAUAACGCCGAUUAAUCGCCUCGCCCAGUUGCGUGCCACCAACCAGGCACAGCAGUUGCCCAGUGGAAAGAACGCCAGCACGUAUAGCUCUACGCUGGGCGGUCCGGAGCUGCAACGGCCCGCGUCGUUCAUGUCUGCCGGUGCCGCGGCUGGCCCGAUGUCGCCACCACCCUCGUACCAGCUGCGCAAACGAUGUCGUGCGAGCAUGGGCGACAUCGGACCGGUACCGUUCAGUACGUCCCAACUGGCGCUCGCUUCCUCGGACAGCCGGCUGUGCGGUGCCAAGCAGUCGUACGGCGUACACGAGUCGGAGUCGGAAACGUUUUCGUCAUCAGGCGAGGAGGAGGAAGAGGAAGAGGAGGAGGAUGGUGGUGAGCGGCAAGCGGAGGACGCGGAUACGGAUGUGGAUGUGUCGGCGAUGUGCAGAAAAUACAAGUACAUCGUCAACGGUUUGGUGUACAGCUGCGCGGUGGUGGCUCUUGGUAUCAGCGGUCUUACGCUGGGCGAUGCCAUUUCUUCCGACGCUGGCAGCGCGAGCACGGGUAUGUCGGCGCGCCAGUCAAUGUCGUCCACCGGCCCGUCGUCCGAUCCCGAGACAUCGCAGGACUCCGGCUCCUGGCAGGGCUCAGGCGCGGGCACGAUCUCUUCGCCAUUCCACCCCCGCGGCGGUGUGAACUCAAGCCAUGCGACAGGUAGUAGCGGCGGGGCAGAGGUCAAGUUUAUCAGCAGCAAUACCCGUCAGCAGCUGCAUUGGGACUUGCCGCCUUCGGUCGUGGAUGCGGUGGAAAGCUCCACGAACGACGCGUCGACUGGCACCUCGCCAGUGAAGAAGAGCCAACGCCGCCGCUUCAGCAUCAGCCGCAGCCAAACCAUGCAGGAGGAUAAGUCGGACUGCCAUAACACUCUGUCGGCUGCCUCCCACACAUCGUUACCGCUGAAGCAGUCGGCGGCUGCGGCGAGAAGCGCCUUGGAUGGCCCGCCCGCCGCCGCCACAGGGCCUAACACGCCGCCCGAGUCUCACCGGGACAAGAAGCGACGGCAUCUAGUCAACGUGCUCAGCCGCCGGUUGCGCAACAACUCGUCCUCGGUCAACGACCUGCUGCAGGCGGUGAAGGAGGGACGCGUGACGACGAAAAACCGCUCGUCGCUCGCCCGCGCCCCGGACAGCCCCGGCGGGCGCGUGUCCGCCCUCGAUCCGCAUCUGAUCUCGGCCGCCAGGGUACUACUGGAAAAGAAAGACUCGCCGUGCCCCUCACCAGCUGGUUCUGGUAGCGGAGCGGACUUCGAGAAGAUCUUGGACAAGAUGAAUGCCGGCGCCAAGAAGAUGAACAAGAUGACGGGCUUGUUUGCUCGUAACAACUUGAGCAACUCGCUGGUGCUUCAGUACAGCGUCCGGCACUUGGCAGAGGAGCUGGCGCUGAUUGACGGCGAGCAGUUACGCAAGAUCCGCAUGAAGGAACUGCAGGACUGCCGCUGGAUCAAGAAGAACAAGGAGGAGCUAGCGCCGAAUAUCGUCAGCAUGGUGAAUGCAUUCAAUCGCGUAGCCCUGGCCGUUGCCACGGAGAUACUGUCGCAGCCCACGCCGCAAGUGCGGGCGCAGGUCAUCAUGUAUUUCAUCAAGUUGGCGGUGGAAUGUCGUAUUCUGUGCAACUUCAAUUCACUCCGAGCUAUCCUGGGUGGAUUGCAGUGUGCUGCUGUGUAUCGAUUGUCACAGACCUGGAAGGAAGUCUCGACCAGACGGAAAAAGCAAUUCAAGAAGCUCUCGACCAUCAUGAGCGAGGAAGAGAACUUCGCCACCUACCGUCAGUCGCUGGAGACGGCACUGGAGACUCCUCCGUGCGUGCCGUUCCUCGGCGUCUUCCUCUCCAAGGUAGUGCAGAUGGAGGCGUACCAGUCUGAGCGCAGCAAGACCAGCAGCAGUGGUGGCCCGCCCAAUCGUCCCGCUCGCACCAAGGUGGAGAGCCGGGACUCGACGCGUGGCGCGUGCGACACCACCGACGCCUCCGGCCAGCGGCAACAACCGGUCGCUAGCGGUCCCGUAUCGCUAGCGGACACCCCUGGCAACGGCUCUACGUCGUCCGUUGCCACGCCCGGCGACCACGCAGCCAAUGGCGGCGUGGCGGCGACCCACCCGCAGCAGGGCGACUCGCACCAGACACGCAAGGACAUCAUUAAGUCGCGACGAAUGUCCUUUGCGCAGCUCGACUGCAUGGCGUUCGACGGCCGGCACGCACCUGUUAACCCGAGCAGUUUGUUUGACGGCGACGAGGAUGAUAUAGUGCCCGGCAACGAACAAUCAGACGAUGAUGAGGACGAGGAGGACGAGGAAGAACAGGACGAAGGAGCGGACAGCUUCAACACAACGCAGCUAGUCGCCACGUCACCGGCAGGCCCUGGCAGUCGCUGUGCGCGGCGCAGCUUCAAGGUGCCUCGCUUGACCCGCGGCAGCCUGGCCAGCCUGGGCAGUGUGCCGUCUUGCGGAUCCACCUCGUCGCUCUCCAGUUCGCAUUCGGGCAGCGUCACCAGCGACGGAGCACCGGCUCUGACGCCGGAGAGCAUUUUCGGCCGCUCGGAUAGUCAGCGGCGGCAUUUCGGCGGCUCGCACAGCUGCAACGCCAUCAGCAACAACGACGCUACCAAGGAGGGAAGGUGUGCUGCGCAGGGGCCGGUGGCGCCGUCGAUUCCGUCGCCUUCGCCGCGUGGCGGCCAGCGAACAGCUUGCCCGGCUGUUCGUACACCGUCGGCGGCACGGACCAUCCAGAAAUCCAGCCAAUCAUUGCACGAUCUACCUCGCCGUGGCGAGCUGUGCGAAGCGGAGGAGGACGAUGGUGAUGAUGACCAGGAUGGCACGAUGAGACAGCCCGUUCCCCACAGCGUCUCCGACGACUGGCUCAUCAGCUCGCCCGAAGGCCAGCUGUCUCGGCGCACCAGUAGCAUUAGCAUUGUGAACGCCGGCCUGUCCUCCUUCGACAUCCAGUGCGUCAACAUGGACCUAAUGAAGAACACGGUGUGCGGCUUGCCGGCGGGGGGUACCAGCGACCUGCCUGGUGCUCUCGUCUUUGACUCUGCCAGUGAUGGCAGCUCCUCUAAGCCGUCGAGUCGAGAAGACACGCCGGUCGUUGCGCGCGGCGGAGAUGGCUCCAGCCCCGUCGGCUUUGCCAUGCGGUCGGCCGAGAAACUCCCGUUGCUGACUCCGACCACGUCCACUAACACCACCGUGGAUGUAACGCAUUUCGACGAGACGGCGGCGGAUGCUGCGGACGUCACUGCCGAUGCGUGCGUUAUUCCCGGUGACGGUGACACGAUAUCCUUGUGUUCCACUUCGACUUUACCGGCCGAUUCCGAGAAAGCCCCGUCACAGCAGCAGCAACGGCAACAAGACGAGGAACAGCAACCUGAGCAAACGCCCUUGCCGUCUACUGAAGGCCGAAAGGACAAAGCCGCUGCUGCUGACGACAGCGUCAGCGGGCAGCUAGUUCAGUUACGCUCGACUAUUCAGGCAGAGCUGUGGCGCUACCAGCUGGCUAGUAUUUAUCCGUGUGGUUCGCGGUCCCCGGUCCGAGAGUAUCUUCUGAACAUGCCAUACAAGACCGAGAAGGAAGCGUACACCCUGAGCGAAGAACUGGAGCCGCCCGCGAAGAGGCUGGUUUGAGUUUUGGAACUCUUUCUCUGUGUGUGUGCCUGUGUGUGUGUGUGUGUGUGUGUGUGUGUCUGUGUGUGUGUGUGUCUGUGUGUGUGUGUGUGUGUGUGUGUGUGUGUGUGUGUGUGUGUGUGUGUGUGUGUGUGUUUUAUACUUGCACUGUCGAUGGCUCCAGUUGUGUUAACUCUAGCGCCUUGCCAAUAGGUUCCGUCGCAGUACCAUAAUUAUCAUGUUGUUUUGAGGAUUUUACUGUGCGCUCAAGGCGUGCAGUCCUGGUGCGAUGUCUGUCUAUCAGUCUUGCUGUGCAAGCCUGCUGGCACUGUGCAGGCCAGCGAUCAUCGCUGCUGCUGCCGCUGCUAGUCUUUGCUUUCCCCUCUCUUUGCAGUCGAGUCUGCCUAGCUCUCGCCUCCGCUGCCUUCUUCUGGUCUGCGUGGUACUUGUUCCCCGCGUCCGUUCUGUACGCUAACUCUGCGCUAGCUUAUUAGUGCUCAGGCCAACGUGAUGGCCACAGAUGUUGUGUAGGCUGGCUGGUCAUGUUGUGUAGUUUCUUAGUUCCACAGGACUCCUGCAAUCACCUAGCCGCCUGCCUUGAACAUUUCCGCUCCUUUUUUUCCCACAAACGUUGCUGUGCGACUGGCCCACAACAGAUAUAUUCCAACUUGAAAUUCAAAUUCGGACGGGUUGUCUUUUAUUUCUUUAUCGUGUAUUGCAUUUAGUGUGCAUCUGCUCUCUUGUUGCAAGUGUCUUGUAAACAUGCCCUUCUGGCUGGCCAGCCGUUUUAGUUGUAGUCCUCGUACUUUGGCUGUACGAGCGUCGGUGUGUGUGUGUGUGUGUGUGUGUGUGUGUGCACGCACGAGAAAACUGCUUCUCUUUCGCUCUCUGUCUGUCUGUAUGUCUGUCUGUCUCUCUCUAUCUCUCUCUCUCUCUCACACACACACACACGCACUUCAUUUUUUGGUGCUUUUAUCCAGUAUAUUGAUAAAGCACUUUAUCAAGUAUAUCUGACACUCGGAUCUAUCUAUCUAUCUCGAGUAAUACUCAAAUCUCGAGUAACA